ACCUUUUCAACAACAAAAAAAGGUUUAGCUUCAACCCUCGCUGUUUUUUCCCCCUUCGAUGCCUUAUAUAGCCAUCUCAUCUUUUUCUAUCUAUUUCGGUACCUAAAACAGCUAGCUAGCUUUCUCGCAAACAUGAUAUUGCGGCGACGCGUCUGGUUCCCCUUCGUCAUCGCGACCCUGCUUCUCUUUUUCUACUAUUCCUGGGUCACUCAGGACAACUACAGGUUGGCCGGCUCCAAAAGCGUGCCCCAAGACCCGGAGUCCAUCGCGAAGGCUAUAGAAGAUGAUAACUAUUUCUGGCGGAAAGUCCCCACUCAUUAUCCAGUCCAGGAUAUGAGACAGCUGCCCACGGGAAAACCACGUGCGCUGCCUAAGAUCCAGAAAUCCUUCGGGAAGGAAUCAAGUAAAGAUGCGAAUAUUCGCCGGUCCCGGCGAGAGGCCGUUAAGAGCGCGUUCGCUCGCUGCUGGAAUUCUUACAGGUCCAAGGCCUUCAAGAGCGAUGAGCUAGGCCCUAUCAGCGGCAAAUCCAAAGAGUUGUUUGGAGGCUGGGGGGCUACGUUGGUCGAUAGCUUGGAUACCCUGUGGAUCAUGUCCAUGCGGUCCGAGUUUGAGGAGGCCGUGAAUGUUGCGGUUCGCAUUGACUUUACGAACUGCGUGAUCGAGACUGUAAAUGCUUUUGAGACCGCCAUUCGCUAUCUGGGAGGGUUUCUCGCGGCUUAUGACCUAAGCGGCGAUCUACGGUUGCUACGCAAGGCUAGAGAAGUCGGAGACAUGCUAUACAAGGCGUUUGAUACGCCUAACCGUAUGCCUAUUUCUCGUUGGGAUUUCGAUAAUGCCAAGAAAGGAGGGAAGCAGGUAGCCCCCGAAAUGGAAUGGCUAGCUGAAGUCGGCUCGUUCAGCAUGGAGUUCACUCGUCUGUCCGUGUUGACCGGGGACCCUAAAUGGUACGACGCCGCUGAGAGGAUUAGGAUAGCGCUCGAGGAGCAGCAGAGCAGCACCCAGCUGCCUGGCAUGUGGCCUUUCGCGCUUAAUCCUCGUGACAUGAACUUCCAUAGUGAUAAUACAUUUGGGCUCGGGGCGCUUGCAGACAGUACCUACGAGUAUUUACCGAAGAUGUACGCUUUGAUGGGUGGGCUUAUCCCCUCCUACCAAUCCAUGUAUGAGAGUUCGAUGGACACUGCUAUCAAACAUCUUCUCUUCCGGCCCAUGAUUCCGGAUACGGCGGACAUCCUGAUAUCAGGCGUGAUGCACAUAGGAAGUGAAGAGGGAAAGAAGGCUCUAAAUUUGGAAUACCAAGGCCAGCAUCUUGUCUGCUUUGCCGGAGGGAUGCUUGCAGUCGGCGGGAAGCUCUUCGAGAAACCGGAACAUCUUGAGGCGGCUACGAAGCUAAUAGACGGGUGCGUUUGGACGUAUAACGCGCUGCCGCUUGGAAUAAUGCCCGAGAACUUCGCCAUGGCGCCUUGCCCGUCAGACAAGGAAUGCGAGUGGGACGAGCGGGCAUGGAAGCGUGCCGUCCUGCGGGAGGCGGGCGAAGACGAUUUGGAUAACAUGGAAAAGGCGGACGAGAUCAUUGCUCAAUCGAGGCUUCCGAAGGGGUUCACGAAGAUCACCGAGCCAGGCUACCUCCUUCGGCCGGAGGCUAUAGAGAGCGUGUUCAUUCUAUAUCGAAUUACCGGUCGCCCAGACCUUCUCGAGUCGGCCUGGGUCAUGUUCGAAUCCAUCCAGAUGAAUACCAAGACGUCGUUAGCUAAUGCGGCUCUGGGCGACAUAACGGUUCAUGGCGAUCCCCCGAAGAAGGAUUCUAUGGAGAGUUUUUGGAUGGGCGAGACUUUGAAAUAUUUCUACUUGAUCUUCAGUGAGCCGGACCUCAUAAACUUAGACGAAUGGGUGUUUAACACGGAAGCUCAUCCGUUUAGGAGAUUGCUUUGAUCUAUAUAUAUUAUGUCGUCGGUCGUGUACUAAUAUACAAUCUAUGGUAGGGCUUGGGAUAUGGGAUAUGAGAUGAGGGUAAUGAACGGGUAUGAAUAAAGCAACGCACAUGUAAGCCAGACAGAGGAAAACAAUCUAGGCAAUUACAUGCGGGAAGCCUCCUGGGAGCACCAUAUGCAUUUGUCGACCAAACUCUACCUUAGGUACCUUAGGUACCUGUCAUGAGCUCUUCUUUUGUAGGCUGGAUUUACUCGAUGUGGCAAUGUAGUCCUUGCCAGCCUACCAGCGUAUUAAUUACAGAUCGUAGAUUGCAGUCAGCAGUCUCGAUAAGACAAUUCAAGCAAGAAAUUCGUACGUAUUAAAUUCAAAUACAAUACUUCCUUUGGGGAGCUUAUUUUGAGGGUAUUCACGGAUUGGCUUGGAUAUCGGAGACACUAAGCUAUUUUGGGUAUGCACUGCCACGUAACGCCACACAGAGCUAGGCAUUGUGGCCCCAUAUUUAAAAACGU